AUUGGAAGUCUCCUCGCUGGCAUAUAACUUGAGAUCUAGAAGGCAAAGAUAGGAGCUUUUCUCAUCCUUUGAUCCCUUCUCUUCGUCGUCUCGCUUGCUGAAGCUUGGGUAGCCAUGGCGGCGUCCCAGGAGUCUCUGGAAAAGAUGCAGCUCCGGCAGAGCUACCGGAAUGUCUGGCACACCCCUCUCAUGAACACAAUCCAGGCUGAUUUCCCUUAUUGCUGUCUCUCGCUUUGGUGUGGACCAUGUGUUUCGUACAUGCUUCGGAAACGAGCUUUGUAUAAUGACAUGUCAAGGUAUGUCUGUUGUGCUGGGUAUCUGCCAUGCAGUGGCAAGUGUGGUGAGAGUCGUUGCCCAGAAUUUUGCCUCUGCACAGAGGUUUUCCUCUGCUUUGGUAAUUCAGUGGCCUCAACCCGCUUCUUGCUUCAAGAUGAAUUCAAUAUUCAGACAACUCAAUGCGAUAACUGCAUUAUCGGAUUUAUGUUCUGCCUACAACAACUAGCGUGCAUUUUUUCCAUUGUUGCGUGCAUUGUUGGAAGUGAAGAACUUCAGGAAGCAUCCCAGAUACUCAACUGUUUGUCGGAUUUUGUUUACUGGACGGUUUGUGCAUGCAUGCAGACACAGCAUAAGAUUGAAAUGGACAAGAGGGACGGGAAGUUUGGACCACAACCAGUAAUGGCAGUGCCUCCGGUUCAGCAAAUGUCGCGCUUAGAUCAGCCUGUCCCACCGUCUGUGGGUUAUGGGUCUCAACCAGCGUAUGGUUAUACCCAACAGUCGUAUGGGCAGCCUGCUUAUCCGCCUGCGGGUUCUUACCCGCCGCCUGGCUAUCCCUCUUCGGGUUAUCCCAAAUAAAUGAAGUAUUGAAAUCUUUUGUUGAUUCUGUGAUCGUGGUUGCACAUCGAGUUGUGAUCUCUAGCACUACUCCUGAUUUAAGCAUGCUGUUUAGUAUGAUGGUCCAUUGUUACAUUGUGUUUAUGAUUGGUGUUCUUCAGGACCGGUGUAAGAUUUGAGCAAUAAUAAUUGUUCUGGCUUAAAAGCCACUGGAGUUUACUCUGUUAAAAAGCUUCAACGAUGUGCUCUCUCUCUCUCUCUC